GUCCGUCCCCGGUUGUCAUAGUAACGGGCUGUGAGGUGAGCGCGUGGGGAGUGCGGCCUGAUCCUGAGCCGGCGUAUUUGGUGAGAAGAACGUCCUGAGUGGAAUGAUCUGGUUGGAACAUGGCCCCUGGAAAAAGCAUCAAGUACUUGGAACUGGUACUGUCCUGUGAAUGGGAUGGUUGUGCCUUUGUUGGGAAGACGAUGGAGGAGUUCUGCGACCACAUAGCUGUGCACUUGAAAGAGUAUGUCAAUGAGUAUGACAGCUUCGGAGAUUUAGAUGAGUACCAGUGCCUUUGGCGGGGCUGUGGCUUCCUGGCUGUAGAAGGCCCCAAUGAACUGGUGGUGCACGUAAACUUCCACAGCUAUCAUGCUAAGCUGAAAUAUUUUGGCUUGGAGCUGCAGCGCCUACGUCCAGAUCUUCCUGUGUGUUCUCUGGACAACCAGAACCAGAACUUGAUUCCAGAGAUUGCAGAGACCUUCACCUGUCAGUGGGAGCAUUGCGAUAGUACAUUUGACAAUCCAGAAUGGUUUUACCGGCAUGUGGACAUGCAUGGACAGUGCACAGAUAAAGAAACUCUUCCUAACAAAAAUGAAACCAUUUCAUGCUGCUGGAAAGGUUGUGGUGCUACAUUUAAAAUCAAGUUUAAACUUCGUGAGCACCUGAGGAGUCACACACAGGAGAAGGUUGUCUCCUGCCCCAACUGUGGAGGAAUGUUUUCCAACAACACCAAGUUCUAUGAUCAUGUUCGCCGGCAGACCUCGAACGAACAGAAGACCUUUCCCUGUCAGCACUGUGACAAGCAGUUUGCCAAUGAGAGGCUACUAAGGGACCACGUACGAAAUCACGUGAACCAGUUUAAGUGCCCACUCUGCGACAUGACCUGCACUACUUUCUCCUCAUUAAGGACACACAUUAAAUUCCGCCACUGUGAUGAGAGGCCAUAUGGAUGUGACUUCUGUGAGAACAGUUUUAAGAAUUUGUAUGAUCUGCGGAAGCACAUCGAAACACAUAAUGAUGAACCUACGUACCGCUGCAGCUCAGAUGGGUGUAACUUCAGUGCCCGCAGUGUACAAACCCUGAAACAGCACUACAGGAGAAUACAUGAGGGAGAAACAAAACCUCGAUAUAAGUGCCACAUUUGUGCCAAGUGUUUUUCUUGGGCCUACACAUUAACAAUGCACCUACGCAAGAUGCACCAGCUGAAGUGGCCUUCUGGGCAUGCACGAUUCAGAUACAAGGAGCAUGCGGAUGGAUAUUUGCAACUACAUGUGGUGCGCUAUGAAACAGUUGAGCUGACUCAACAGGUCAUUAAGGACUUGGAGAAGAGACGUGGACCCCGAAGGAAGGUGACAGAAGCGUGUCUAUUUGCACCAGAAUCCCGCCGCAAGGCCCUCUCUGCAAAGCCCACCACUGGCAAAGCCAGCAAAGAGGAGGAGGACUAUCUCGCAAUCGCCACUCGGCUGAGGCGUGCUGGGCACCGGGAAGCUACCAACUUGCCAACCAAGCCUUCAGAGAAGGCCCCACAGCUGGAGCAGUGCAACUCUCUAGAGCCUCCCAAAAGGGCUGAGCAAUGUUCAGACGUUUCUGGAAAUGGUUCUCCUACCAACUCUGUCCUUCAUAAUGUAUCCCAGUCAGCAACCGGGCAUCCUACUGCUCCCGAAAGGAAUGAAGCUGUCUCCUCUCUUGACCCUGUUGAAACAUUGGAGAAGGUAGCACGAGGUCUUGGCAUUCAGAUAAUUGGAUAGUUAGGGUUGCUGGUAGCGAAUUGGUGAAACCAAGGUCCAUAACUUCUUUGAACAGUAGUUCCAUAAAUAAAGCUUAGUCAUGUGGGAGGGUGGGGGUGGAUUUGGAGUUACAACUUAACAGGGUCCUACUGUCUGUAUAUUAUACGUAUUGAGAGCUUGCUGCAUGUUCAGAUGUUUUAGAUAACCAUCAACUGGAUGCUAGAUCAAUUUCUUAUUCUUGCUUAAAAGCAAAGGAUUGUGGAUAUAGGAAAUCUAAAAUAAAAACAGAAAGUGCUGGUGAAACUCGGUAGGUCUGGCAGCAUCUGUGGAGAUAGAGACAAACAAACAAAAAAAAUUAUUCAGAGCAUUCACCGUGCCUGAACAUGUUGGAAAAGGGUAAGGAGGCCCCCGACUGUACCUGUCUCUCACUAAUUGUCGACCAUUGUCUUCCAGUGUUCUUGGCAGGAGGGAACAGCUUGAUCUGCAAUUGUAUUGAGAUUGAGGGAAUGACAAGAUAGGUUCAGAUGAUAUAUGGGCCCUUCUUAACAGCAAAGGAGCCAGCAAAAGCCAACGCCUAUAUAGAACAUGUUCGAUUUAGAAAAACUACCCAAGACUCUUCACAGAAGAACAAUGAAUGUCGAGCCAAAGAAGGAAAUAUGAGGAUUCUGAAUUAUCAUUCUGAUAUACAACUGAUUAUUUUAAAUGAAGUUCAGUGUCUUGGCCAGUCUUCCUGUCAACCUGCUGUAGCUGUUGCUCCCUCUCUUUAACGGUUACUUUAUCCCAUUUAACAACCUUUAUGAUCCCUCUUGAGAUGUUAUUCUUUUAGCUACAGAGCCAGCACAGAUGUGUGCAUGAAUUUGUGUCUCCUGCACAGAGCAGCUCAAUUAUAUAUUUUAUUCUGACUUUUUUCAAAUUUUAAUUGAGAAGUCACAGAUGGCGUACAUAUCACUCUUGACAUUAGGUCAGAUGUUAGUCUAAGAUCUGUUGUCCCAAGCACUGUAUGACAAUUAAGUAGACUGCUAAAUGAGUUCAGGGUUCAGCUUCUGAUCCCUUAGAGGAACUUGGCUGGCUGACUGCCAACUCAUCACUGAGCCAUCUCUGAAAUAGUGCCCUCACUUCUCUUGCAACCCUCUUUGUUUCUCUCCAGUAUGUAGUGAACUUGUCCUCUGUUAUUUCCUCAAUUUAAUCAUCUAAAAAUCAGUUUUCCUUUUGUAUCCACUCACCUUUUCCUUUUUUUUUGACUAAAAAGCAAAUAUGACUUUUUUUGUUAGGACUUUUUUAACUUUUGAAUGAUUUCAUGUGGGGUCAUCUGAGGUUGACUUAUCCUUAAAACAGUUAUAAAGUUUUUUUUUGUAAUGUUUAGAAAUGUACCUUAUUUAUACCACAGUACUGCUUUCAUCAAUGGCACAGAACCACCCCAGCAUGAGAGAUAAAUAGACAGUGGCUAAUACCAGUGUAAUUUUUAAUCUUGCUUCAACUCCGUAUACCCUUGCUUUUCACCGUGUCAAUGGUGAUGAUUUCUGCCCAUUAGUGUGAAGUUCUGACUGAGGCUUUGGAAACAUUGUCCAUGUGUAAGUCCAAACGUUUAAUUGAGAAUGGGGAGAUCUGGCUGUUUCAUUACUGUCCUUCUGUAAAGGAAAUAGGCAUUUAACUCCUCUGUGAUCUAUAUGUGUGACUCCAGUUCCACAUCAAUACAUAUGUAGACCUACAUUUUGCAGAUGAUUGCAGUGUCAUUGUCCACACUGCAGCAGAUUUGCUAGCCACCUUUGAUCUCUUCAUCAUACAAAAAUCUUAGCCUGUUCUUGAAUGUUGUGACAACAUCAACUCACAGUUGGACAACCAAAUAUUCCACGUGCCACACAUGUUGAAGGAGAGACUCUGAGAUAUGUUGAACACUUGCCAUAACUUUGUGGCCACCUGUCUUGAAUGGAUGCCAUUAAUCUGAUCAAAAACUCAGCUGCACUAGAUCAGCCUUCUUAAAAAAAACUCCAGCAGCAACUGUUUUGGGCAAUAAAAGCCUCUGCAAGUCAACAAGUGUCCUCAUGUACAAAGCGGCUGUCACCACACUCCUGCAUUCCAACAGAAAUGCCUCUCACCCUGUCAUCCAUUUUUAAUUAGGGGAACUGUUGAACUAAUGCUAGCGUCCUUCUUGAAGCUGGCUCUACAAGCAUUCAGGCAAAUCACCACAUCAAUUCGAUUCACUGCCAGGUAAUUAACUCUUAUGUCCAGUGUUAAAGAGAGAACAAAUAAAUUGUUACAAAGACAUUCUGAAGCUAUCCUUGAAGCGCAUCUUUAGAAAUAGGGAGAGCUGGCUAUCAUCCAUUUAAACAGCCAUAAUUUGUCCCUUAUGUAACCUUGUGCCCAAAUGCCUUCAUUAUGAGGUGGAGCAGAAGGAGAGAAAGAAAGAAAUGGAAGCAAAUGUGCACCCUGUAUCCCACUGCCUCUUGGGAUGUCCUGCACCAUGUACUGAAAGAUCUGCAGGAUGAGAAUCACUCUAUACAAACACAUGAAAACUCACUACAGAAACUCUCAAUCCUGAGUAGUUGACAUCCUCAUAAUCAAGGGACAGCUAAUGAAUGUCUUUGACACUUACCUGCCUGUUGGUACUGCCUAACAAGUUAUUUACAAAGUGAGAGUGGGCAAUAAAUGCCAGGAACUCUGCAUAUUUCAAAGUAAAGUAACUUUUAAGAAAAUAUUUGGGACAAAGUUGCCUCAUCCCUUUGCAGGACUGCUAUAACUGGAGCCUCAGGAAACUAUUCAAUCUCGUUAAAUGGGAAUUACCCUGGUCAAGUCACUUGGGCCUUGUGAAGGUUCCACUGUGCUUGUUGAACUGCAGUUUUAACCUGCUUUUUUAGCUCCUCCAUGUUUCUAGGACAUGUGUGGCAGAUAAGGUGUGAGACUUAUGUCAUCUAUACUGGAUUUAACUUGUGGCUGAGGCCCCAGUUUUCCAAUCAAUGUGGCAGUGCAGAACCCUUCAGUCACUUUGCACCUUCCAGAAGCCGAACAAUAACAAAAUGCCACAACUGCUGUUUGUCUCCCACACAUAAUGCCACCAGCAACAUUUUAUCCUGAUAAUGCAACAGUUUGUACAGAAGCCCUUAGAAACUGCUCCUUUUUUCAUUCUGCUCACUCUUCCUUAAAAAUGAAGGCUGGACUUGUUUCCAAGGGAAGUUGCCAAGUUCCCAAAGCCUGACAGGGAGCUUUGAUUGUUGACUGGAAGUAGAAAUUUGGGUUCUGUGCAAUUUUGUUGAAAUCCUGCUAAAUAACAUUGCCACAUUGUAACUGGAAAUAAAAUGGCAGUGUGGUAGGAAGCGUUUGAUUUUCAUUUCAGAAAUUUUAAUAUAGCUUUUUGGAGAAAAAUAAUGGGCUAUCCAGUUUUUAACCUGAACAAAGUGGCAGACCCGUUUUCGACAUCGCUACUCACUUUUGUGUUCAGAUUACAGCCUUGAUUAUGCACUGGUGCCUUCUGUAUUAACUUUUAUUGACUUAAUUCUGUAAAAUUCAUAAGUAAUGAGCCUGUAAAAUCUUUCAUCAAAUGGACGAUUUUUAAACUGUGAAAAUGACUUAUGAGUGCUUUUAUUUUAACACAACAUCCUGUCAAAGGAAUAAAUUGUAAACUGUGUUAUGAUGAUAACUGCGGCAAUGCCUUUGUGAACUUGGUGGAAUAUCUCAAUAUUAUGUCCUCUUGAACAGUGGACGACACCCAGUAUUGUAAAACUAGAGUCUGAUGUUGUAAACAUGAGCAGUUUAUAAUGGCAGCAUGAAAUAGGUGGCAUUGAAAAGAUUGCCACUGGUAACCAGUGACCAGUUUAUGGUGUUUCCAGCCCUAUGGUGGAGCUUUACUGGUUAAUGGAACCUUCCAGUAUGCAUGUGAGGCUUGCAGUAUAUUUUUGUAAUUAUGAAUGGAGGCAUUUGUCUGUAUACUGGCCUCAUUGUGAUUUUGUUGCUGUCUGUUGCAAUUAGUGGGCUCAGUCAGUUUGGUGACUGCACUGUUAUAAAUAUGAUUCACCUAGAACUGACUGAGGUGGGUGUAUUUUAUGAUCCUUCCCAAUAGUGUGCCUCAUUCAAUAGUACACUCCCACGCAGUCCUGCAAGUGCAGACUUGUAAAGUUAUCACUUGUGUGCAUAACAAAUGUUUAAUACUGUGUUAUUUGUAAUAACGUUUGACUCGGGGUUACAAUCUAAACUGUUUAUAACAAGGUCUCUGUAGCUAGAGACGCUAUUGCUGUGAACAAAAGUUUUGAUAAAUCAGUGUUUAAUUUACUUGACAGACAAGGCUAAUUCUUAGUCACAACUAAAACCCUGCAGGUUCUGUUGAGGAAUUUACCAGCUGUGCACACAGUAAGCUCACUUUUUCUUAAAGAGAUUUAGGGAUGGGCAAUAAGUCACAACAUUGCUAACAACACCCUUGACUUAAGAAAGAAAUUUUAAGAAGUACACAGUCUACUCACUGCCUCUUUAAACAAACAGUCCUGAUACUUAAAGGGCACUCAGGGUUCGCUAUAUCAGAAACAAAAGUAUUGUUGAAUAUUGAAUAGGCAAUAUUGUGCCUCAUCCAAUCAUCUUUUGUGGAGCCACGCCCAGUAAAUCAGAAGAAUUUUUGUUAAAUUGGAACUACAUGUUCAUUAUGUUUUCUCUGUCAAGAGCAAUUUAUAUGUGUUUUGAAUUGGAUAGGACGUUCUAGCAGUGGGUGUUUAUAUUGUGAUCUCUCAGUGUCAAGUGAUAAGUUCUCUCAUUUUGUAAUCGGCCAAUCCCAUUCUUCUCUCCCUCUAAACUUGCACUGAGUUUGAUGAGGCUUUGAUUUCUUUGGUAAAACCCUGCAGUUAUAGAGAAGGUUUACUGCCUUCGUUAAUUGGACCUUCUGCCAAACUUGAGAGUUCAAAUAUAUUUUUGUAGUUUUGAGUGAAUCACAUUCGGGAUCAGAUCUGUGUCCUUAUGAGCAAUUACUUUGUUUUUGCUGCCAGAUCAUGAAUACUUGCUAGCUGCAGUUCAGCUUUAAUGUCUAGAGUGUACAACUCUAACUAACCAUUCAUGACUUACAGUUCAGACUGCAAAUAUUUGGGAGUCAGCUCAAUUCUUGUAUGGUUCCACCCUUGCCACAGCCCCAGUCUGCUAAGGUUAUUAAUCAUACCAUUAAACUAUGUUUCUAAAGUGCCCAGUGGACCACUUAAUGAAAAAAAAGACUUGAAAUUCUGCAGUGCCUUACCGUACUUCUUGUACAUGUGCCUAUGAACUACUUCACAAACUGUGAAUUGCUUAUGGAGUUGCCAAUUGUAUUGUCAGAUUAGACAAGCCAUGUUACUGAAGAUUUUCCACAUCCACUUUCACGCAUCCCAGAGUCUUAUUCGAAAUAAACAUCCUGCCUUUGAGUCGUGAGCAGCUUGUCUUCAGUACUUUGUGUAAUCAGACUCUGGAGUUAAUACUGGUUCACGUGCAAACUGCACAACAUUGCAAAGUUAAAAUGAGUUCUGAUGACUGUGUGAUGUUUUUGGAAUACCUUGAGUUUUAUUUGUCAUUUUAUCAAUAUCUUGCAUAUAAAUGUUUACAUAGCUUUCCAUAUUAGCAAACUCUACACUCUGCACCCAUGCUAAAUUAUUAUUUCUGAUGUUCACCUAACUUUCCUAUUUGCUAAUAAAUUGUAGAUAAGUUUAGAUUAGUGCAGGAACGAAGACUGCCAAUAAUCGCAUAAUGUGUCCAUAAGAGUAGUAUACAGUCUGCAAAUAAAAAUGUUUUACAAAUUUUUAAUUCAAAAUCAGAAAUGUUAUAUAUCUUUCCUUCUUGUGAGGGUUUUUGAAAUGAUUUUCUUUACAGACGAGCACACUUGUUUGCAAAUCAUAAUUUGUGCAUAUUGCACACAUGUAUAUAGUUGACAAUGUAAAUGUUUUUGUGAUGGUUAAGAGGAAAUUUUGCAUUCUCCCAGUUUCUGUCCACUGAAUGUUGUCUCUGCUGCCUCGAAUAUUUCUAAGUAAUCUCAAUCUCCAAAUUAUUAGAGAGAAAACUAGGGAUGGCAAAUGAAAAAUCACCUAGUACUAACAGUGUGUUCAGUUUGUUUUCAUGUUCUUUCAUGUUUAAUCUGUUACAAUUUGAGAAUAUUACACUGCAUUUUGUUGAGGUGUUACUGUGAAAUCUUCCUAUUGUUGAACCUGUUUUGUGCAGCUUGGUCACCGAAUUUGAGUAGGAAUCACCUUCUGUUACCCUGGUAGUCAUGCAGUAUGGUGAUAAAGUUAUUGACUGAUUAAUUGUAACAGUCAGUUAGCUAUACAGCAUUAAUAUAGUCUGUGUAAAAUGCUGGGGUGGGUUGUGUUUGACCCCUAUUUAAAUCAAGAAGGAAACACAUUGUGGAAAAGCCAAACCUAUUGAAGAAGUGUCUGAAUUAAUAAUCUGUUGUUGAUUUCUCCAGUUGCUGUGACUAAGACAGGAAGGAAGAUUUCCUAUUUUUAUCUUUGAACUUUGUUCUUUAUACCUUCUUUAAUUUGUUACGUAGGAAGGUAUGUGUUAUCCCUACCCUCAUAAGCAACACUGUACCAUGUUAUUUGAAAUAUUGCGUUAAUUUGGAUCAGAAAGAAGAUCAGUAACUGUACCUUGACUGAAGUUUUAAAUAAGUAAGCAUGAGUUCAUUUUACAGAAAUUGCCUUUUAUAAACUUCAUUGUUUUCAUUAUUUUUGUGUUUCAAAUGUUUUCUUCUUGUAAGCAGUUGCUACCUGGUGCAUUAAACAUCUUGAAUAUUUUGCUCACA